GGGAACACAGCCACAACCACACCAUCACCUUCUAUUCCAAUAGAGGCUGGUAACCUGCCUACGAUGUGGGGUGGAUGUUAUGCGAGUUUUCAACUCAUUGCUCCACUUUAAAAUCACGCGUUGUCCUGAAAUUUGACUCUGAGUCGUUCGAUCAUUCUAUCCUUUCCCGAUGCCACAGCGACCUGAGGUCGAUGACGCAUCGGAGGAUGCUUUGUUGCAAGAAGCAGAAGUAGCCAAGCUAGACACCAAUCUCAGCUUCUCGAAAGUGAAUUACGGUCAAAUGGCACCUCACGUCAAUCUGGACCCCAGGCAGGGGCUGGAAGACGCACCGUCCUUCGACCUUUACCGAUCGCGGAUCCCUAUGACUCUCUUUCGGGACAUUAUUGCUGGCAUUGACAAAACGUUUCUUCGUUAUGGCCCUAUGACAGCUCAUCAAAACGAAGAGACGAGAUCACAGUUUCUUUCACCGAUCUUCGAUUGCCUCGUGCCACUUUUCGGAUCACACAUACGUGCCACGCCGGAAGCGCGAAGAUGGACGACCAAAGGGAGAGUCGAAUACCAAUUCAUCAUCCUUGGCACCAUUACCGUCCUUUUCGUCGAGUAUAUGAAAGUCGUGGGGGGUGCCACUGAGCACCUCAACGCGGUCGCGCAGCUGAUUGCCGAAUGUGACGCUGGCGAUUUUGCUAAUCAGCGUACCAACUUACACGUCCCUGUCUAUGGCAUCUUGUAUGACGGGAAUGCAUUCGAAUUCUUCUUGUUCUCUCGCAACACCAAAUCUCCCAGUCAACCGUCAUUCUUCUGUGGCUUACUCGAAGACCCGACUGGGUCGGAAAUAAGAAUGCCAUUGGCACUACUUACUGGGAAAUCUAGUGCCCUAGGCUUCAUGAGGGACCUUCGUCUCAUUUGCGAAAUCAUUUUUGAUCUUCUCCUCAAGUCAUAUAUCGAAUGUUUGACACAGUACUCCAAUGUUUCACAGAAGGGCUCAAAAUCGGGAUCGAAGUGGCCCAGCUUGGACGGUUGGGAUGCAGCUAUCAAGAGUGCGAAGGAGACUCUUGACAUAUGUCGGCAAGCAGAUCAACAUCGUGCAGCAGGCGAAUGGGAAGCAUCCAACGCGAAAGCGGAGUGUGGCAUGCAAAUGCUAGGAGGAAGUGUAAUUGCGGUACCAAGAGUCAGGCUGAGGAGCGUUCUCGACGAUUUUACGGAGUGUGCAGCGAUGGUCAAUCGGUUUUAGAAGUACUUUACCUUGCUUGCAAGUCACCUUCGUGUCCACCAUUCCUGGGAACCUUUAGUUUCCCAAUGAUAACAUUGUCUGAAAUUUCAAGCAACCCGGGUUAAAAUACACUUAGGUGGCGAUGGUGGUGGUAACGCCGAAGAUACAG